AUAUAUAUGUAUAAUAUUAUCACACUCUGUACGCAGACGUGCGUUGUUGGUGCGACGAGUGUCGACGAGGGAUCUCUGAGUCUGCAGUCUCGACUCGCCGGUGUGAGCCGAGACUUGGCGAGAGAAGGCCUAGCCUGUUGACCGUGUUGGUGUUCAUCGCCGGGCUCAAGUCGUUCCCCUCAGUGCGUCGAGAAGUGGCAGGGUGGAUGUACAUACCCGACUUUCGCCUCCUGUCGUGGAAAUACCAGCUGUGAGUGCACUUCUGCGGCAGUUUUUGCGGGCCUUGACCUCCUCCGACAGGUCUACGAGAGUUUGUGAGGCUCUGUGAACCCACACAAUGCUGGAUUCAUCUUUGCAAAUGUUGCUUUUAGCAACUUUUGGAGUCAUCUGCAAUGCUCAAGAACUAAGAGUUGGAGAGUCCCAAGUCAGCAACCCAUGCCACCAUUUGGAAACAUGCAGUGCCUGCCUCCGCACAGCAAAUGUCUGUGCUUGGUGCGCUUCUGAGAAUUUUCCUCGUACGUCUUCUCGAUGUGACGUUUAUGAUCGACUAGUGGCGACUUGCCCAAAUAAUAUUGUAUGGCUAAAGAGCGACUUAAAUGUGACAAAGAGUGACAAUGUGCGAGGAGGCGAUAAAGACCAAGAGCCAAUACAAGUCCAGCCUCAAGUCCUGGAUAUUACAGCCAGACCAAAUGACCCAAUCACCUUCAGUCUGACCUUCCGCCAGGCUGAGAACUACCCGGUGGAUCUGUACUUUCUGUUAGACUUGAGUUACACAAUGGUGGAGCAGGAAGAGGCGCAGAAAAAUCUCAUAGCUUUGGGCCGUGACAUCCCUCCUAGCUUGGAAAACAUCACCAAAAACUUUAAUCUAGGUUUUGGUACAUUUGUGGACAAAUUUGUGAUGCCAUACUCGCCCUGGUCGGAACAGCUGCUUAAGAAUCGAUGCCCUUUGCCAGACCAAUCAUGUAGAACACCUUAUGACUUCAUCAACCAGCUUCCUCUGUCCAAAGAUGUCGAUAAAUUUGCUCCAAAGAUGGAGGAAGCAAUCAAAGCUGUUUCCCAGAGUUUUGAUGACUCAGAAGGUGGGAUGGAUGGUCUUAUGCAAGCGCUUGCCUGUGAGAAAGACAUUGCAUGGCGAGAACGUAGCCGGCGAAUUAUUGUGUAUGCUUCAAACUCUAUUUUUCAUGUGGCUGGAGAUGGCUUGCUUGGUGGGGCUACUAAAAGCUAUGAUGGAAAUUGCCAUUUGAAUGCCGAGCAAUCAUAUAAUCCAGCUGAGAAAAUUUAUGACUAUCCUUCAGUCAGCCAGAUUGCAUCCAAACUGCGUGACAAGUCCACCAACAUUAUUUUUGCUGUGAUGCCGGAUGUUGUCUCUCAUUAUAUGCGCCUGGAAAAUUUUUUGCUUGGUUCCAGUGUUGGGACACUUGAGUCUCAAUCAGGAAACAUUAUCCAACUUAUUCGUGACAACUAUGAUAAACUGAGAUCCAAAAUAGAGUUUGUCCCAAGGAAGGCAGAUGAUGUGGAAUUUACAUUCAAAUCUAAAUGUCUUGGUGAUGUCCUAAGGGAAACAACAUCCUGUGAUGGUCUGGAGAUCAAAGACAAGGUGACAUUUGAUGUCAAAAUGAUGGUAACUUCUAAAGCAUGUGAAGGCCGCACAGGGGUUGUUAAACGAGCAGUAGACAUAGCAGCAGUUGGUCUGGCAGAAAAAUUGACCAUCAACCUAAAAAUUGUCUGUGACUGUGAUUGUGAGGGACCAUCUAUGGAGGAACGAAACAGUGCCAAGUGUUCUAAUGGUCAGGGUACUUUAGAAUGUGGCAUCUGCACCUGUAACCCUGGCCGUUAUGGCCGUGAAUGUGAAUGUGAUGAAGCAGAAGUCUCCAGUAAACAGUCCUUGACCUUGUGCCGUGCAAACCAGAACGAUAGUCUUCUGUGUACUGGACAUGGCGAAUGUAUCUGUGGAGAAUGCAAGUGUUUCACAUUGAGCCAUGACAGUGGGCGUCGAUACAGUGGACAGUACUGUGAGUGUGAUGAUUAUAGCUGCCCUCGCAGUUCAGACGACAGCUCUUUGUGUGGUGGUCCAGGUCGUGGACGGUGUGUUUGUGGAAACUGUGAAUGUUUAAAUAUCUGGUCUGGGCCUGCAUGUGACUGCUCCACAGACAACACAACAUGCGUGGCUUCCAAUGGGCUGGAGUGUAAUAAUCAAGGAGAAUGUGAAUGUGGUCGCUGUCGGUGUAGUCCUACUUCCCAAUACAUGGGCCCAACCUGUGAAGAAUGUCCAACUUGCCCCAGUAGGUGUACAGAGUAUCGUGACUGUGCACAGUGCCAUGGGUUUAGGACAGGAAAGUAUGGCCCAGAGGAAUGCAAAGAAAAGUGCCCUCGUGUCAUCAUUACAGAUGAACUGGAAGAGGAAGGAGGACGUAUCCGCAAGUGUAACUUCCGUGACACUGAUGAAUGCCUGUUCUAUUUCACUUAUGAAUAUGAUGAAAGCAACAAUGUAAUUAUCAAAGUUCAGAGAACUAAAGACUGCCCAAAGGAGGUCAAUGUGGCCAUGAUCGUUGGGCUGGUGGUUGCUGGUGUUGUGCUUAUACCUCUUCUAGCCCUCUGUAUCUUCAUCUUUAUCCGGAAUCGACGUGAUGCUGCAGAAUUUGCAGAAUUUAUGAGGGAGAAAGAGCGUGCCAAGUGGGAAUCAGGAGCUAAUCCUAUCUACAAAGAUCCGAAAUCAACAUUCAAAAAUCCCACUUACAAGGGAGGGCAGUGAAAAACAUUGUGAUUCUGAGAAACCAAUUGUGUGGAUGCAUGCCAGGCUGUGCAUGUAUAUGGGUGUGUGUGUGUUUGGCACUAGUGUGUGUGGGUGGACUGCCUUUUAUGCAAGUUCAUGUGUAUCACGAAAUAUCUGGAAUAGAAGCAAGAUUUAUCAUGUGAUGAUUUGUGUUUUUAAUUUUGUGUUUAUUAUUGUUACUGGAAACCAACAAAAUCCCCAAAUGUUUGGUUUUGGGGGUUUUCUUUGCUUCAUUGGAAAGCUUAAUUCACCAUACUUUCAGCUAUGUACAUCCAUGAAUUCUUUCUUCAUGGAAAGCACUUUUUUUUUUUUUAUUAAAGAAUGCAUGUUUAGACUGUGAAAUUAAGCAAAAAAAAAAAAAGUGCCAUGCUUUGAAAGGAGACUGGAGUCUCAAUGCUUUUAAAUGCUCGCAUAAAAUUUUUUUGAUAAACUUAGUCACAUAUUUAUGCUGUGUUGCAGUAUCUUCAGGGCUUCUGCUUAUGCAAAAAAUUGCGUGCAGUAUGCAUUAAAAGUUCGGAGGACCCCUUCAAUUUUCGUCGAUGGGGUCCCAUUCAAAGUUGGGCGAAGAACAGGGACCCCUUAAAAAUCUCCCUUCUUCAGAUUUUUAAGGGGUCCCUGGGACCCCAAAGAAUUUAGCCUUAGCAGAAGCCCUGAUCUUCCUUUCUACCGAUACAUCUGCAUUUAGUUUAGCAUUCUAGAAAAUAAAAGAUAAUUUUAUGAAUAUAUUUUAAUAUAUAUUGUUUUCUGGCUUCUUUUAUUGAUAGCUAAAUUCAACUUUUAACCACUGAUGUAACCUGAUGUGUUCAUGAAAGGUGCUUGGUUAGGAUAGAUUGCCUUUAUAUGUACAUCAUGACAUUAUUCAGGAAUGAGAGAAGAUUUGUCUGCACAAAUAGCUUGAAAUAAUCUUUAGUUUUACCUGAUGAUGAUAAUUACUUGAAAUGUUUACAAGAAAUUUGAAUGAUAUUUAUGUUAGCUUGCUGUUAGUAUCAUUUCACUAUUUUUAAAACAUACUAGGAAAAGAAAAAUGAAUGGAUGAUUUAUAUGAUAGAAAAGUGUCGCCACUGAUGUGAUUUCAUGUUAAUGAGAAGUGGGUGGUAGUCAAUCAGAAUAACCAGACUAAACCCCAAUUGUCAGCUCUCCAAACAGGUACCACAUCCGUAGAUGACUGUGUGCUCCAAGACAAAAUCUGAACACAGAACCUUCUAAUUCUCUCUGUAGUGUUGAAAAGAGUUUUUUUAAUUGAUUGGUUGAUUUAAGCCAAAAAUCUGGAACAUCCCAAUAGCCAGCCCUGUGAACAGAUGUCACAAAAUGUUUUUACCCCAAGACAACCUUAAUCUAAAGCCUUAUGUUGUAGCAAAUUAGCAUUCUAGCGCUGUUACACUGCACCACAAGAAAAGAACAUUGAAUUCUUAUUAUAUAAGAGUUCAUCUGUAACUGUUAAGAGAAGCAGUUUGUUUCUUCCAGUGCUUGUUUUUAAUUUAAUUAAUCUUUCCAUAGUUUCACUAUCAUUCACUGUCCAACAUGGCAUUCUCAAUUUUAUUUUUUUCUUUGUAUCUGACUGGGUUUAUUUUUUUCUUUGUUGGGUUUUGUGGUGGUGUCAGAUAAACACUAAAAACUUCAUGGGAAAUUUUGCAAACAAAGUGGAUGCCAGAUGACAAAAUAUGGUGCUCAUAAAAUAUUUAUGAAAUAUUGUGUUAAAUAUUUGACAAUGUUGGAAUCAAGGACUGGUCCAAUGUUUUUAAAUAAUGAAAAAAAUCUGUUGCAUCUUCACUUCUGAUGAAGAAUAUAGCAAUUACCCCAAGUUUUGUUAGUUAUUAUAUUUUCAGUGUUUGACUCACAAAUAUGUUUGAAAUGUGAAAGAAUAUAUGACAUUCCUCUGAUAAUAGUGUUGUUGCUUUGCAUGGAUUUUGUUACUGCCUGAAAGGAUAGGAGUAUCAAGGUGGUUCCUUGUUUGACUGUUUGCCCGAGUUCUACAUGAUGAGCAUCUAAAUAUUUGCCAGACACAUUUGAGAGUGUGUCCCAUUUCAACAAAAGGGAUUCAGUCACACCAACACCUGGUCACAAUAUGUGUCCAGUUAGAAAAAAAUCCUUGAUGGUUUUCUGUGUGUGUCUGUGUUUGCCAGAAUUUUACAUGACAAGCAUCUAAAAUAUUUGCCAAUCACUUUUGAAAGUAUGUGUCAAGUUACAACAGUAUGGGUCCAAUUACACCGUGUCCAGUUAUAGCAGUGUAUACAGUUACAGCAGUUUGUGUCCAGUUACAACAAUAUACAUCUGAUUUAAAAAAAAACUAAAUAGUUUUCUUUGUUUUUGCUGUGUCCUAUUGACUUAAUUUUCAAAACAAGACUUGAUUUUCUUCUGAAUUUUAUUAUGCACUUUCAUCGCAUGAUCAAAAAUUUAGUUAAGUUUGAGUUUGCCAGAACAGGGAAAAUUCUCCUACUCUCAAAUGUGUCCUUUACAAAACUCUGUUCCUAUGGGUAAUUGAGAUCUGAUAUUAUUUACAUAAUAAUAUGCAUUUCAUAUGGUGAUACAGAAAGGUUGUGACUUCGUAGGUUUCUGUAAUAUAUAUGCAUUUAUUUGAAGGUUUACAUAUGCUAGUUUUUUUACUGUUAUCCAUCAUGAAGUUGUGCAUAGCUGAUGCAAGCUCUUGUAAGACUCACUUCAGAUAUGCAGAUUAAAAACAAAAAUACCUAGAAAUGAAAAUGGCUAUGUAGUGUUUCAACAUGUUUGUAUAUUGUAUGACUGAAUAUUGAAAGAAUAUGCAAGGGGCAAGUACGGUAUUUCAUGCAUAUCAUUGUUAUUGUAAUUCUUUUUUAAUUGCAAUUUUACUUGCUUACAGCUCAGUCAAUAUAAAGACAUUUGAGAGAUUAUAAGGCUUCAUUUUAGGCGAUUUCUUUAUUUUCAGUGGUGUGCUGAAAAUAAAGGUGCAUGAACUUCAACAUUUCAAAUUCACACAACCAAAACACUUAUUACCCUUGCUUACUUCCGAUUUUAAUUGUUUUAUGUAACUUCCAUGAUUAGGAAAAGUUUUAUUGGCUUCUGUGCAUUGUUAUUGAUCUUUUUUACAAUAUGGAGACCUAGUAGAAUUGUCCAGGAGUAUAACCAGCAGUAUGAUAGGAUGUCCAUAAAAGAUAUCACAGUGGCCCAAUUUUCAGAAAGAAUUUAAAGAUUUGAUUUUAGAUGCUUUUUUUAAAAAUACAAACAGAUUAUUUUUUCAGUACUUUUGUUACAUAGAAUGUUAGCAUUUUCUAAGUCACAUGUGAAUGCUUUAAUGUCUUUUCUACAACUUGUUGUGGGAUUGGUGGGGGGCAGAAAAUCUAUUUGAAAAAAGUCAGGGUUUGUAUGUUUUAAUGCUAAUUGUGUACUAAACAACCUUCAAGUCUUACUUUUCUACAAGAUAGUUUAUCAUUCCAUUACUGUUUUUUGUUUCAAGUUACUGUACACAUUUUAAAUACACCCUCAUAGUGAUUUGGCAUACAAGACGGUAAAGGUCAAUGAAAACACAAUCAUUACAUGUAUUCUAAAUAUACUUACUUUCAUAAAUUUAUCAAAACAUCUCAUGUGCUAGCCAUGUCACAUAUGUUCUUUUGCAUUUUAUUGCUACAAUGUGAGGUAUGUGAUGCAUAAUUGAUUCUUACUCUGUUUUUAUCUUUAUACAAUGCCUUUCCUUUGAGCCUGUUUUCCACAUUUAAAUACUUGUCAUUCUGAUAAUGCUUUAUAUAUAUAUACACAUAUAAAGUUAAUAUUUCUUAGACAUUGCUUACAAAUUAUGUAAAAAUAAACUCAUUUUUA